GGUCGUUUCAAGACACAAAACACAAGCCCACAUGUUACCCAAAAUCCUAGGCAGCUUGUUAAUUUUUGAAAAAUUAGUUAGCUUUGUCAAAAAAAUGGCAAGCAAGAUCUCUUCCCAAUCCUCUUCUCAGCAACAAAGCAGCAGCACCACCACCAGCAGCACCAGCAGCAGCAGCGCAUACACCGGACUAGGCAACAUCAUUAAGCUCCUUCCGACCGGGACCGUCUUCUUGUUCCAAUUCCUCAACCCUCUUUUAACCAACAACGGCGAGUGCCACACUUAUAACAAGUACCUAAGCGCCAUUCUGAUCGCAGUUUGCGGCAUUUCGUGUAUUGUGGCUAGCUUCACCGACAGCUACAAGGGGACGGAUGGGUCGACCCACUAUGGGUUCGCCACGGCCAAGGGCAUCUGGCCUAGCACGAGCUCUGGUAGCUCCACGAACUCAUCGGGGUAUAAGCUUCGGUUUUCGGAUUUCGUCCAUGCUUUCUUGUCGGUGAUUAUUUUCAUAGUUCUGGCGUUGUUGGACACGAACACCGUGAAAUGCUUCUAUCCAUCUUUCGAGAAUACGGAGAAGACUUUGAUCAUGGUUCUGCCGACCGUGAUCGGCUCGAUCUCGAGCACGCUGUUCACGUUGUUCCCGAGCACGCGCAAUGGAGUUGGGUAUCCUUCGAGCGACACUAGUACUACAUCGGAGACUAGUACUACCGCAUAGAGCAAUGUCGAGAAAGCUUGAUGACACACAUAAGCACAUAUGCAUGAUCCAAUGCAACCACAUGCAUAUUUCCACGUAAAUGCAUCUAGGGUUUCUCAUAUUUGACUCGCACUGUAGUAUGAAUGAGUACAUAAUUACGAUCGUACGUAUUUGUUGCCGUAGGUCUUAAAUGUAUUGGCAUAUCUGAUCUAUUUGUAGUGGAAUCCAUAAAUUUAUUAUCAAUGUCUUUUGGUUAGUCUGUCAUCACGAGUGGUAUAUCAAUCAUAUUCAACUUCAUUUAUGGCACCCAAAAUUUUAUUUCUUCUGGAAA